ACGUACGAACGAACGGGCAAACAUACAUGCGUGCCUAUAUGUAAAUUUAUUGGUACAUUUAUGCUCCCAUAUUUAUGUACCCUACGAGUGCAUGCGUGAGGUAUUCCCCCCGGGAGGAGUCCCCCCUUUUAAUCACUUGUGCGCGCGCCGAACUGGGCAGUGUGUCAGCCGCGAACGUGGUGGAAAAAGAGAGAAGGCCACAGGGGGGAAGCUCACCGCGGGACGAGGCAACACUGCCAUCUUUGCUUCCACGUGAAGAAGAGCUCUACUGAGUGGAGGUGACCGUCCGCCUCUUCCCAGUAGGAGUCCUUGCCCCUUCAGCAAUUGGUCCGCCGCCUAUCGCCCCAAUGGAACUGGCCUCCAAGUCGAACCAGGUGUACCUGCUGGUUAAGAUAGCCAACCUGGUGAACGUGAACGCCGUGAGCCACGUGAAAGCGGCCCUGAAGCUGAUCAUCUUCGACCUCUUCGGGCUGACCAUGCUGCUGAGGGUCCAUUUCAAAAUGCUGAAGGUGGCGCAGAGCAACCGCUUCUUCGUCCUGCGCACGGGGCUGAGGCAGCUGAACCUCCUGCUGUACGCCAUGCAGCCCAGCCAGACGACUCCCCACCAGUUCUCCCUGAAGGUGCUGAAGAUAUCGACCUUCCUGCCCAACUUGGCACAGCGGAGCGGCGGCCAAGCGGCAUCACAGCGAUGAGGUAACGACGAAGUGGUGACGAAGCGGUAACGACGCUUGACGAACCGGCGGCAGUUCCCUUGGAGUGCGCCCCACGGGAGAAACGGCAAGGCGAACGAGUCGGCACCUACACACAGGUGUGUGGUAACUACAUGCAGGAGCGUGCCAACUAUAUACCAAUGCGUGGCGCGGAAAAUGUUGUGGAGCCCGUCAAAGUGGUGCACACGAGGUGAGCAUGGCAGG